AUGGAGGUAACUGAUUUUAUCUUCAAGGAGAGAGAGGAGGUUCUCCUCGUCGGGGAUUACAAUGCCUACCGUGCGCACACCACCAGAAAAUUACAGAAACUCCGCAAGAAGCUUGGACAGGCCACUGUCAAAGGUCGCAAGUAUACUGCCAAACCAGUCGUGACUGCUGAGAACGUUGGAAGCAAUGUUUCAUAUGUACACCUUCUGCUUCUCGGAUCCGAACGAGCUUGGGCUCAAGCGAUGCACAUGAAGUCCACUCAUUCAGCAGACCCCUCCGCGAAGGCCAUCUCUGGCGCCGCCCGGCGUCACAUUAUCUCGCGAUUGACCAAGGCCACCGGAUACGCAAAGCAUCUCGUUUCGUUGCUUCACGAACAAUCAACCGGGGCUAGCGACACCGACAUCUUGGAAACUCGCGCCUAUGCAGCAAUGAUCUCCGGCUCUCUCUGGCUCGAAAAACGGAGAUGGGAACAGUCUCUCCAUGAUUAUUCUAUCGCAAGAGUGAUCUACACAGCAUUGGGCCAAAGUGUCAAGAAAGACGCUUAUCGGGACUUGCUCUCGGGGACCGUCGACCCAAGCAUUCGAUACGCUGCUUAUCAGAUGAAGCUCCCCCGCUCCAAGCCCACCUCCUCACUGGCAAUUGAGUUUUUCCCAACCGACUCAGCCAUUCGAUCUGAAGUUGAGAAGCUCGAUCCUUCGUGUCUUGCGGAAGAGGCUGCUGGAACUCGUCGAACUGCGGAGGGAGAGGUGCAAGAGUUGCCCCAAUCUGUGACGUGGAGAUCGCGCACUGUUCCACUCGAAGAUGCCUCAAUCUCCCAGGCUCUGGCUGCUGCUUCAGCGGCAGAGGCUCGUCUAACCACUUGGUUAGCAGGCGCCGGAAAGUCUGCUGCAUCCAAGGAAAAAGCUGCUGCAUAUGACAACGUUAUCAUUGCCAGUCAAGAUGCCGUCGAUGCUACGAAAACCGCCAUUGAUGAUUUGGCCACCGAAGGUGUCGACCCCAGUGACAAGCGCAUGCAGGCACUUCAGAUCACCCGAACCGCAGUCAACUACACCCUGGUGGGCUGGCGAGUGGGCCGAAACCGUGUUCUGUGCGGAGAACAGGAUGGAUUGUCUUUCGAGGAACAGCAAGUUCCGACAGACAACAAGAACGCUGCCAAACACACCGCAGGCAACGGAAAGAAGCUCAACAAACUCCGGGAGCGCGUAGUCCUAUACGAUUCGACCCUUCAGAGCUUGGACUUUAUUCUCGAGCUUCCAGGUGUGGCGGCCGACUCUGCAUUUGUAGAGGAUCUUGAAGCCAAGCGCCACUAUUUCCGAGCCCUUAGAUGCCUUUCUCUAGGAAGAUCCCACAGUGUUCUUGCGAAGUCUAAGGAAGCUCUCGCGCUUUUCUCCCAGGCAUUGACUCUCUCCGGCUCUGCCACACCUCAGUCGUCGGAAAGUGUCGACGGUCCCCCACAACUCGAUGUUUCCCGUACACAGUCCAGCACUUUGGAGUCGCGACUCCGAGAACUUGUGGCACAAUACCGUGGACUAGUCACCCUCGAGCAAGUCACUGCGGAAGAGGCAUCGCAAUCAAGCCAACGACCUGUGGUGGAACGCCUUCAGCAGUUCGCUGGAUCUGGGCUGGAUCUCAACAAUCUGGUACCGUUCCCGCCCCAAAUGCAGCCUAUCCCAGUCAAGCCUUUGUUCCUCGACGUUGCUUGGAACUACAUCGAUUAUCCCCGUGAAGGUCAACGCGAGGCUGCCCAGGCGCCUGCUGCGGCGGCUCCUGAAGAAGAGUCCAAGGGUCGUCGUGGAUGGUUCGGAUUUGGCGGUCGCUAA